AUGGACGACAAGUCAGUCCGAAUGGUCCCAUCUGAGAAACUGGAAGACUACUCUGCCAUGGCACCUGCCCAGGAUAUAGAAGAAGAUAGCGAUGCCCGCCUUGAAAGACUAGGACGCGAGCGACCACCCUGCUUCUCCAGCGCCUGGUCCGAACUGACCUUUUGCUUCUCCAUCGUCAUGUCUCAAAUCCUUGCUGAAUACUACAUCUCCGGCUCCAAUAUCCUCCUCCCAACACUCAUCUCAGCACUGGACAUCCCCCUCGCCUCGUCCAUCUGGCCCUCCACCGCCCUCUCUCUAGCCGUCACCUCCACCCUCCUCAUCUUCGGCCGGCUGGCCGACAUGUACGGCGGCUUCGCAUGCUACCUCUUCGGCGCCACCUGGCUCACCCUCUCCUCCAUCCUCGCCGGCGUCUCGCAGACCUGGCUGAUGCUGGUCAUCUGCCGCGCGCUGCAGGGGCUCGCGCUCGCGGCGUUCCUGCCCUCCGGCCUGAUGAUCCUGGGGAGCGUGUACCGGCCGGGCCCGCGCAAGAACCUCGUCUUCAGCGUGUACGGAGCCUGCGCGGCGCUGGGGUUCUUCGUCGGGAUUUUCUUCUCGGGCCUCUGCGGCCGGUUCCUGAGCUGGCGGUGGUAUUUCUUCAUCGGGGGCAUCCUGGCGGCGGGGACGGGUUGCACGUCGUUCUUCUCGAUCCCGUCGGAUUUCGCGGAGCGCAGGAGGGCGAGGAAGGUCCGCAUGGAUUGGCUCGGGGCGGGGCUGCUUGUGCCGGCGCUGGUGCUGCUUGUGUUUGCGAUUGCGGGGAGCUCGCAUGCCCCGAGGCAGUGGGGGACCGUGUAUAUCGGUGUGUGUCUUGCGCUGGGGGUGGUGCUUCUCGGGGGGUUUGUCUAUGUGGAGGGUUGGGUGGUUGAGGAUCCCCUGGUGACGGCGGAUGUCUUUGCGGUCAGCUACAUGAAGCCGCUGCUCUUCUCGCUGGUUUGUUUAUACGGCAGUCUGGGGAUCUUUUUGCUGUAUGGCGCAUUAUAUAUGCAAGGCAUCAUGCACGCCAGUCCUCUCCUGAUCGUCGCCUGGACGGUCCCCAUGGCGUUUGGCGGCCUCCUCAUCUCCACCGUCGGCGGCUUCAUCCUGCACCGCAUCCCCGGCACGAUCCUCAUGCUCCUCUCCUGCCUGGGGUACAUCGGCGCGGGCCUCUUCUUCGCCCUCAUGCCGGAGAACGGGGGCUACUGGCCCUUUGUCUUCCCCGCCAUGGUCUGCGGGACGAUCGGGAUCGACAUCAGCUUCAACGUCACCAACAUCUUCAUCACGAGUAACAUGCCGCUGGAGAAGCAGGGGCUGGCGGGGGCGCUGAUCAACUGCACGUUGCAUCUGGGCAUCGCGCUGCACCUGGGGUUUGCCGAUAUCGUGCAGGUCAACACCGAGGAGCUGGGGCUGAGGAAGAGUUACCAGGCUGCGUUCUGGUUCCAGGUUGCGCUGUCGGGGCUGGGGCUGGUGGUGAAUGCGUUGUUUGUGAGGAUUAGCCGGGCCAAGAGCGAGUUGACCGUUGACGAGAGGAGGGCUCGAGGGCUUUAG